AUGACUACUUUUGAAGAACCCAUUAUCUAAAUUAUUGUGGAUGAAAUAGCAGAAGAAUAAGGCGACCAUAAGAAUCGAAAACAUUUUGAUGAUAAAAAAAAGAACAAACAAUAAUUGAAGGCCGAGAAAUCCCAAAAAGGAGUUAGAUCGAAUUUCGAUGGAAAAUAAUAAUUUGGAGAUAAAACUAUAUGCAGAUUAUGCUAAAAAACAACUUUGGAAUAAGUUUAUAAUAUAUGCAAUAGAUGUCAUUUUAGAUAUCAUCAGGAGUGUGCUAAUCAACAUUAAUAUGGAUCAUAUAAUGAGGAAACCCAAAAGUGGAUAUGCAAAAAAUGUAUUAAUAGAAUUGAGAUAUUAACUUUGAAAAACAAAGAUAAAAAAAAAAAGAAAAGAAAAGUAGAAAUAUAAGUACAGAGCACUACUGAAUAAAGUGAUAAUGAAAAUAAUGGAUCUCUAUCAGAAUUUUUGCUUCGAUUUCCAACUUAUAAAAAUCAAGGAUAAAUUUUGUUUCCAAUUCUUGAUGAAUAUCUAGUUGCCUAUUCAGAUCUCUUUCAUGUAGAAGUGAAAAAGAAGCCUAUCAUUAAGGAAGAUUCAGAUAUUCCUAAUUAAUACUUCUAUCAAGUCUUGAUUAUAUGGGACUCAUAUAAUAAUUACGAUAAAAUUGUUAGCGAUAUUUUAAAUAUUGAAGAAGGCAAUUCAGAUAAUGUAUUUUAUUAACUUAUAGCUUAGUAAUCUCAAAUUGGAACUUUUAUUCAUUUUAAAGAUCAACAUUAAUUUUAUUCAUAAAAAUCAAGAAAGCAAAUUUAUUAAAUGUUACAUACUGAACCACUUAAAUUAAUUGAAUUCUUUAGCUGGUUCUAUACUAAAUAGUUAAUUGAGGAUGUGGAUUUUGAAUAAAUAUAAAAAACAUAAGAGGUAAUAAAUUAGUGAUUAAUUAGAAUGCCUUUUGGUAUUUAAUGGGGUUUCUAUGGUAUAAUAAUAGAGAAUAAUAUUACGAAAUUUAUAAAGAAUCUUUGCAGUAUAUUGCCCAUUAUUUAUAUCAACAAGGUAUCUUAUGUUUGAAUGAUGAUGAUCUAAAAUUGCUGGAUCAAAAUAAUAAAGAUUACUAUCUUAAUUUGAUUCUAAUUUUAAUUGAAGGCCUGCCUGAUUUAAAAAAAACACCAAAUUUAAUCUCACACAGAAUUGAAAAUCUAAUAUCUAAUAAUAAGAUUAAAGAAUAAUUAGCAGCUUAAGUAAAGGAUUUAAGAGCUUAAACUGUUGAUAUGCAACUUAAUUUAGAUGAAUUAGAAAAGGAGAUCUAAGCCCUGAAAGUAAUAAAAUUAUAAUAUUAUUUUUAAAUAGAUAAAAUUAUCUUAAGAGGAAUUGAGUAAGACUGAUUUUGUGAAUACUUAAUCAUAAAUAGAAAACAUAAAUUUAUAGAUGAUUGAAAAAGAAUAGGAAAAAUCUAAGAUUACAAAGAAACUAAUAUCAGUCUAAGAAAGAUAUAUUUAACUUGAAGAAGUAAUUAUUUAAGUUAAUCAUAGGAGUUACAAUUAGUUUAAAUUCCAAAUUUAUUAAUUAAUCCCUCUAUGUUUUUAGGGUUUGAUUUAAAAAACUCUUUGUAUUAUUUCUUUCUUAAUGAGAGAGAUAAAGUCUUUAUCUAAUAGAGAAAUUCCUGGAUUGAUUCUAAUAUGAAAUGGGGGUAAUAUAUGGAUUAAAUUAGUUUUUACAAUUUUGAUGAUGUUGAGAUUCUCCUAAAAAGUCUAAAUUUAAAGGGUAUCAAAGAAUGGUAAUUAAAAUUAAAUCUUGAAGAAAUAAAGAAAUAAAAAUUGAUUCUUUCUGAACCAAAUCCUUCAAAAUUAACAUAAAAUGGUAAUGAAAAAGAGGUUGAGGAAAGAGAAUUUAAGCACAAAUAAAAUGGAAAACCAUAAGACAAAUAAUAAACAGAAACUCAAGUAAUCUAACUUUGUAAAAUGUUGAAUGAAAUAGAUUCUAACUUGACUAACUAUUUAAAUGAAAAAAAUUGCAGAUGGUGUAGUGCUAGUGUUCGUAGCGUAUUUAGAAAAAGUUACGAUGAAAAUAAAGAUUCAAUUGAUUGCCUGAAGAAGGCAGUGGAAUUUUUUAUUGAGAACACUUAAACUUAGGAAAGAUUAGAUAAAUUAAAAGAGGGAGAUACUUUAGAAGAUAAUCUUUACAUUGAUUUUGAUGAGGACUCAGCAUUUUUACUUACAAGAAAAAAGAAAAUAGUGGAGGACGAAGAUGUUGAGAAUGAAAACUUCAAAUAAUUAGAAGCACUUGAUGCCAGCAAAUUAAAAAUAAGAAGAAUGCCAAUGAAAUUAUUUGGAUCUUACUUUGAAAAUCUUAGAUAAUGCUUAUUAGAUUAAGUAAGGGAUAAAUAUUGUGAUUUAUUGUAACUUAAAACUUGUCUUGUCGUAUUGAAAGAAGUCAUUAAAAUGUACAUUCAAAGAAAACAGGAGGAAUGUCAAAGAUAGGAAAAGAAAAAAAAUACUAUUCAAUAACAAUAAUUACAGCCAUCCUUAAUUAUUGAAGAAAUCUAUAGAGAUUAAGUAAACAAAGUUUAAAUUUAAGAUGGAGAAAAUAUCUGGGAAGAAUAAUGCAAGGUUUGUGGACAAGGAGGCAAAGUUAUUUUAUGUGAUACUUGUCCUAGAGUCUUUCAUCCUAAAUGUUUAAAACUAAAGGAAAUCCCUAAAGGUAAAUGGAGUUGCAUGAUAUGCUUGAGCUAUUUUUCUAGGUAAGUAAAAACCAGAUAAACUUUUAAAAAGAUGCAAACUAAAUGA